GGUACAGGUUUCACUUGCAUUGUCAUUGAAUCAAGGGAGACACACAUACUGCAAUCAAACAGCCCAUUACCCAAAGUAGAUCAUCGCAACACUUUUGAAUAGGUAUGCUGUGUGAAACCAAGUUGUGGCAUAUGACUUUUUCCACUGAAUCUGAGUGUGUGGAUCCUCCCACUUGCCACUCAGUCAGUGUUCCUAAAACUCCUUUACUGAUCAACAAUCUGUCAGCACAGAUCGAAGUUCCAGUCCAGUGUUCUCCCAGCAACUCUUAUCGAGAGAUCCGGUCCCAGCAUUUAAACUCUCAGCCUUCUGCAACCCCCCUGGAUUGCCGGAAUCAGUCUCCAGAAGUGGGCAUCCCUGGCCGUGCACCAUCUUCAGGAGCAGAGGCCUUCCUAGUGCCCCCCAGUUGCCACAGCAUCUGCCAGAACUACAAUGAUCUGUACAUUGCUGGAGGCCAGGUGCUGCCUCUUGGGCAUGGUGUAGGUAAUCCGGAAAACAGCUCCUCGCAGGACCUACAUUCUGGGCCUUUCCUGCUUUCCAGAGAUGUUCCUCCACCCUCACUGCCUCCCCCUCUGCUCCCUGAAUACAGGAUUUCCAGACGAUGGAAAGAGGGGAGUGUGCGUGAACGUUUCUCUCUGCUGCAGGAUGGACGUCCUCUUUCUAACGCAGAGCUGAAUGGCUAUCUAGAGCAGAAGGUGCUGGAGCUGUACACUGAGCUUCUGACUGAGGGUCCAAUCAUGGCAUCUGAGCUAGAACAGAUCACGCUACAGCUGAGCCGAGAGCAUAAGCUGGAGACCGGACAGGUCAAAGACAUGCUUCUCAGCUGCCUGAUUAAAGCCACCAGCAGCCAGCAGUCUAGUGAGUUCAGUACACCAAUACUGCAAAUCUCCACCCAGACAAAAUAAAAAAGGAUGGAGAGAACAUGGAAAAGCAGAAAAGGAAGAGAGCAAAAGAAAAUAAUGGAAAGUUAUUGAGCUUAUUGAUAUAGUGGGAAGAAAUUUACUGUAUACUUUUAGUUUGUGAACAGAAAAAACAGAAAAUGUGAUAUAGAGCUGGAAAAACUGUAAAAAGUUGCACACUCAAAAAGGGCUCAAAUUAUUACAAAAUAUGACACAGAUUUGCUUGGUAAAUCAGAAUGUAAAUAUAAAAAUCCAGUGUUGUGUCAAACCAGGAAGGAAUCCUCAAAAGCCUGACCAGCAAAAACUAAUUACUGAAGAUGAAAAUUUACACUUUAUAGCUUUUUUUUUAAUUCUUGACGCCACUCCUAGCUAUAAAAAUAGCCUAGCAGCAUCAUAUCUGUAUGUGAUUUUGUUUGUUAUGCAAGAAACAGUUCUAACUUUGUUUUCACUUAAUGCCUGGUUUUGAUUAAAAUGUUCUUCUCACUCA